AGGAUUAUAAAACGCGAACGGCCGUGUGUUAUGGUUGAACACGUUAGCUCGUGUUAGCUAGAUUUUAAUGUAUCAUGGAGAAGUGAGGGUGUUUGCUCUGACAGCUGGCAGUGGCAUGGGAGCUACUGCUCUGAAUCGUGCCUCCACAGACGGUAUCUGAGCUUACAUGUUAUUUAAGUUGUGAUAUUUGUUUCUGGUAAGAGUGAGGGCUGGUACUGGAUGUUGCUAGCUAACAUAACGUUAACCUGGUUCUACACUAGCUACCGUUGGUCGAUAGACCCGCCAGUAUAACUAAGUCGAUACACGGGUUUAGCUCAAGUUUAGCUUCGGUUAUUAUAGAUGUCUAACUCCACCGAAAUGACACUGCCUCCUGACUGGGACGAUGACGAGCGGAUGAACUUCAUGUUCUCCGACUUCAAGGAGAACCGAGAUGUCAACACGACGGACUGGGACAGUAAGAUGGACUUCUGGACGGGUCUGAUCAUAAAGAGCUGCAGGGACCGCGGCACCGUGUGUGUCAAUUUACAGGAGCUGAACAAGACUUUCAGGAGGAAAGAGAAAUCACCGCUGGGCUUGGCGACUGUCCUCCAGUCCAUGGCCAGAUGUGGAAAGAUCCAGAGGGAGUCAGAGUUUGCUGCCAAUGUGGACUGUGGCUGGCUGUCGUGGGGUGUCGGCCUGCUCCUGGUGAAGCCUCUGAAGUGGACCUUCUCCACUCUGCUGGGAAGCAACCGGGUCCCUUUGGAGGAGUCCUUUGUUGUCAUUGAACUAGCAAAGGAGAAAGCAGCCGAAUUACUCAGGGUCUACAGGAGCAGUGAAUUUUCAAGCCGCUCCAUCCUGUCAUUUCAAGAGCUCUGUGCUCUCUCCUCUGACGUCUGUGCUGAUGAGAGCACCCUGUGCAUGGCUCUCCUGCAGCUUCAGAGGGAUAAACAAGUGACGGUUUCAUUGCACGAAGGCGAGAAGAUUGUUAAGUUUUGUCAGCCUGGGCAGGACCGCGUGUCUCCAGUCAGUGACGUGGAUAUAGGCAUCUACCAGCUGCAGCGCAGCGAGAAGCUUCUGGGAGAGCGAGUGGAGAAACUGGGCCUGGAGGCUGACAAGUGCAGAGAGGAGGCCAGGCUUCUGCUGAGGGAAGGGAAGAAAUCACAGGCAAUGAGGUGUUUGAGAGGCCGCAAGAGGGUAGAAAAGAGAGCAGACAACUUGUUUACCAAACUGGAGUCCAUCAGAGGAAUCCUGGACAGAAUAGCCCAGUCGCAGACUGAUAAGAUGGUUAUGCAAGCGUAUCAGGCUGGAGUGUCUGCCCUCAGACUCUCUCUGAAGGAUGUGACUGUGGAACGCGCAGAGAGCCUCGUGGAUCAAAUCCAGGAGUUAUGUGACACCCAAGAUGAGGUGAAUCAGACUAUAUCCACUGGUGUGACCAGUGCAGAUGAAGACAUAGACGAGUUGGAGGAAGAACUGAAAUCUUUGUUGGAUGAGUCAAAGCCAGAUUUCAUCUCAGGUUUACCUGAAGUUCCAACAAACAGUCUGCGACCCUCCGGGGAGCCGGGUCUCCCAGGUAACGACCUGCUCAGUUCUCUCCCUGCCGUACCUCGCAGCCACUUGAACAUUACCACGGAGCAGCUGGAGGAAGAACUGAAUCAGUUAAGCCUUACAGAUUCAGGCUUUCAACAGAUAAAAAUGUCCUCACCUGCCAAGAGAUUAGAGCCUGCACAGUGAUGGCAUCAGCUAAACGUGGCAAGUUUCUGCAUUAACAUAUCAACAAAAACUGUAUCUCCUACAAUUUUUCUGUGAACUGGAGUUCAUAGAAGUAAAAAAAAAAAGCUAUUAAACAGUAAAUUAGCAAUUGCUAAUUCAUAAUUGAAGACAUUGUAAAUUAAAUAUCAGGAAAAAAACAAGAAAUAUAAAUGAAAAUGAGACUACCUUUAUUGUGGAGGCAUGCAAGAAAGGAUUUUAAAAAAAUAUUUUUCUUUCAGAAGUAAACUUUCAUAAAUUUUUAACUUGAAAGCUUUCAGAUCUGCUCUAUCACCAGUAUCUGAAGGCUCUCAAGGCGAACGUAAAGAUUUUAACAGUCUCAAAUAUUUUUUGGUGUGCAGCCACUACCAGGAAUGCAUUUAAUAUUGUGGUAUGGAGAAUAAGAGAACAACAGUAUUGUGGUUUAUUGUGUGUUUAUUGAUGUGUAUAAACGUCCCCCAUUGGCAGUCCUGUAAAGUGUUUUUAAGUGGCCUUCUGAUCUGUAAAUAUUAACAUAAACAGAGUAUUAUGCCAAAUGAUUUAUGACAACCAUAAGAAUAUUUAGCCUCACUGCAACAUAUCUGUGAAAACGGAGAAGCCUACCUUAAGUGAGUUUAACCAAAUAUGUUUCUCAAAAUAAAAUUUAUUUUAAUCACU